AAAUCUAAAUUCAACAUGGCGGAUAAAAAUAUAUGACUCCGAAAGAAAAACAAGCUAUUUUAACUCAAUAUUCAGUUAAAUGGAUAAUUGAGAUCAUAAUGGAUGAGGAUAGUGAUCCAGAUGCUGAUACAGCCAUCAUCCUGCCACCAAGCCCCAUAUGCACCAAACAGGGCUCCAUUCUUAAGCUCAAACACAAUCCCAAUGUCAGAAAACAAGCUGACCAUGAGACUGUAUAUGACGAGAAAGUAGGAAUGGAUGUUAAACAUCAGAUAACAUUUAAGAUAUCAUCGCCAUCUUCAUUCAGUUCGAGUCAACAUAAGCAGGGAGCUAAACAGACACCAUGUCUUACCAAUUCAGCUAUGUUACCAGUUCACAGUCCUGCUACUCCUGGGGCUUCCGCUGUGACACCGCAAUGUUUAAGUGUUUGUAGUGACACACCAGGUACUUCGACUGUGACACCAUAUUGGUCAAGAGAUAGCAAAGCUGCAGACACAAUGGCCUUUAGCCCAAUGUGGGACAUUCUAGAUGAGAGUCCUCUUAUGAAGAGAUUAUUCAAGUCUCCCAGGGUGAUGUUGCAAAGUACACCACAUGGCAUAGGCAGUCUUGUACCUAAUGUUGCUAACGUAUCAUGGACCAGUUCCCUAGCAACCCCCACCACACUGGAGACAUCUAUUGUACAACAGACUGGUGAAGAAUAUGACUACGACACAGACAGAAAACAAAUAGCCCUAGCCAGAGCAUUGUUCAGUCCCCAUGCAGCCAAUAUUGAAAGUGAUACUGAUGCCUUCGAUGUUACCUUGGAGACAGAGUUAGAAUACCAAGAUGGGUCAAAAUCACCAACAUUUGAUGGACAAGCCACCUCAAGCUUUGAACCACUGGUCAAGGAAUCAAUAAGUCCAGUUAUCAAACAUGCAAAAACUGCUUACACUGCUGAAAAAGUGAGUCAAAACACUAGAAAUCUUAAUGAUUCUGAUGAUGAAUCAGAUGAGAUUGGUUCUGCUCUGCAAUAUAACACAGAAAAUGCCAAUGAUGAUACUGUUUCUCAAAAUACCAAAGAUUAUGCUGUCACUCAAAAUAUGCAGGAAUUGGGUUGUAAAGAUGUUCCACCUAUAGAGCAGCUGCUUGGUGAUACUCUAACUGAUAUAAGCCUAGAUACCACUCUCAUACUAGAUCAAUCCACACAGCUCAGGGAAAAUAUAGAGAAAUACAUCAACAAUGAAAAACUUAAGAUUGAAGAUUCAGAGAAAUCUGAUGAGCCAAAUGAAUCAGAUUCAGAGGGAGACUUCAUAUUCAGUGCUGUUAAACCAACCCAGGCUGGAAAUGAGUUUGAAAUUCUUUCAGGGGUUAAAUAUUUGUUGGACGAAACAAUUGGCUUACUAUGCCAUGAUUCUACACAAGAAAAUAACCAGAGAGGUUGUAACAAAACAAGGAGUAAAAGAAAUCCUAAACAUUUUAUAACGCAGUUGAAAGAAAGCAAUAUAAGUGACACUGACAUUAUAGUACCUGAUAUAGAUGUAGAUAAAGCUGUGAAACCUGAUCCUAAAUUUGCUGAAGACAUCUCUAGCAUAGGUGGAAAAGGAAAACACAAGCCUGAUGAUUCAAGUCAAGAAUCUCUCGAAAACCAUCAGUAUACAAAAGUACGGAGUAAUUUUAGCCAAUCAGAACAUUCCCCUUUGAACUUUACUUCUCCACUAAGCCAAUCAAAAUUAACCCCUCCCACCUUGUCUUUCAAAGCAGAUGAUAUGCUGAGUCUAUUCGAUACUCCACCAACUAGUAAAUUGAAAAGGAAAUUACCCCCGAAAUGCAGAAGUAAACGCAAGCCAUCAGAUCCUGAUAAUGAUUUGUUUGGGUUUCUCAAUGAAGCAUCCUUUGAGUCCUCAAGCAACUCUCCAAGAAUUAUGCCAACAGUGUCUAUUCUUGAAGAAAGUGGAUAUUGUGGGAGUGGAGAUCAUAAUAACUCAAGCCCCAUGAGGAAAAGCCCUCUUCAACCUCCAAUUGAAGAUAUCCCAAUUGAUGAAAAGCUCUACCAACAGCAGCCUGUAAACAAUGAUUCUAGUCUAAAUGAAAUGAAGUGUGACCAGAUGCCUAUCGAUCCUGAUGUCGCUUUUAAGACUCCACUCAGAGUUGCAUUAAAACGAAGGUCAACAACUUUCUGUACUCCUGAUGCAAAAAAAAUCUGCAGCCCUAUAACCCAAAAUAUUCCAAAGCAAGAGACAAAAGUGCAAUGUGAUGUUUCAAUGGUAGCUCCUAUUGAGACAUGCCAAACACCCGAUAAACUGAUAAAUCAAACAUUCAGUCAGAUUUCACCCUCCUCCUUAGAUGCAAUAUGUGAAUUAGCUGACAAAAGUGAACUGGAACACCCACAUGUAGAAACCAGCCAUGAUUGUACAUUACCACAGAAAACAAUGGGUGAUGACUCCCAAAAUGAGUCAAAAGAAAUCACAAAUAUUGAACUUGCAACAGAUUGUACCAACUUUGAAACAGAUAUUCAAAUUUCAUGUUCAAAUGUCCAAAAUCGAGUUAAAAUAUCUUUGGAAGCAAGCCAUGAUGAAAUAAGUCAAAAUGAUGAACUGUUUUCUCAGAUUUCACCCAGUGCUCUCACAGAGAUGGUUAAAGUGUCAGAUAUCGAAACUAGGAAAAAUGAGCAGCCUCUUUCUACUGGUACAAAAACAAAAACAAAACAUAAACAGUUUGGAAAACCCAAAAGGUUCUUUUACCCAACAUCUAGUCAGAUUUUAAAAGAAUGUCCAAAGAAAAUUAAACUUGAUUUUCCCGAACAUAGCACAGACACUCCUAACAGUGAAAUGACAAUAAAGGUGGCCCCUGACGACAGUGCCAACAUAAUCAGGCCUCAAAGUCCAUAUGAUGGUUCAAAACCUACAACUCCUAAUAGAACAAAUGUAUCAAGAUCUCAUAGCCCAAACAGCAGUACAAAGUUCGGGAUACAAAUUGAAGGGAACAUUUCAUCUACAAGUGCCAAUCCAGCGUCCCUAUACAACACUCCAGCAAAGACUUCAUAUAGAACCUCACCUCAUAGACCAAUAGUAUCGCAAUACAAUUCAGUGCCAUUCAAUAAAGAGGAAUGGUACGACUCUCAAGGGCUAAAAAGCAGAUCAUUAAUGAGAAAAACAGACAAAGGUUUCAAGAAAUUCUCAACCAUGAGCCACCAAGAUAUGUCCAACAUAAGUGCUAACACAACUUCAGUUGAAAAGGCACAGUUUGGAAUAGAUUUGAACCAUGAUGAGGGAGAAUGCCCACUGAGUAUUCCAAAGAGAGUCUAUUAUAAAUCAUCUAGUGAAAGACCUAUCAGAAUGUCUGACAAGUCUUCAGAGAAGGCAAGGCUUGUCACUGAAAGUGAUGGGAUAGAAAAUUUGCUUCAGUGUUCCAACAACACAGCACAGAGUAUGGAUAAGAAUAAGAAUUUUAAAGCUUCUCCAGGAUUUACAACACAUAAUGAGACGAUUGAGAAAUCGCCUAAGGAAGCAGCAUCAACUUUAGAUGGUACAACUACAGAAAAAGUACCUACCUCAUGUAAUAAUAUUGGGUUUAAAUCAGUAAAUCCAAAGGAUAGGAAAAACUUCACCAAUCCAAGAAAAGCGAUUUCAGAAAAGUCUGAAAUCUUUAAAGAUUUGAAACAAUGUGACGCUGAUGAUCUAACAAAACUCAAAGAUCCUUAUAAUAUAACAUCCUGUGGUUCCAAAUCGCCCACAAAUAAAGACAUGUCACCAUCUCAAGUAGGUAAACCAAAUGGUCAAGUCCAGGUUGAUCAAUUACAGGAUGAUAUGUCAGAGAUGAAUGAAGAUAUAGGGAACCAAACCAAAUCUGAUAUAAAGCAGUUCACAGGAUUUAGAUCAGCAAGUGGAAAAGACAUUCCAAUAUCACAUGCCAGUAGAUUGAAAGCCCAAAGACUUAUUGACGAAGCAGAGAAAGAAGGAGUUAACACAAAUGAAGAGAUCGAAUCUGUUCCUCAAUCUGAUACAAAGAAAAUUGAUCAGCUUGGGGGAUUUAGAUCAGCAAGUGGAAAAGACAUUCCAAUAUCACAUGCCAGUAGAUUGAAAGCCCAAAGACUUAUUGACGAAGCAGAGAAAGAAGGAGUUAACACAAAUGAAGAGAUCGAAUCUGUUCCUCAAUCUGAUACAAAGAAAAUUGAUCAGCUUGGGGGAUUUAGAUCAGCAAGUGGAAAAGACAUUCCAAUAUCACAUGCCAGUAAAUUGAAAGCCGAAAGACUUAUUGAUGAAGCAGAGAAAGAAGGAGUUAACACAAAUGAAGAAAUUGAGCCUGUUCCUCAAUCUGAUACAAAGAUAAUUGAUCAAUUUGGGGGAUUUAGAUCAGCAAGUGGAAAAGAUAUUCCAAUAUCACAUGCCAGUAGACUGAAAGCCCAAAGACUUAUGGAUGAAGCUGAGAAAGAAGGAGCUAACUCAAGUGAUGAAAUUGAGACUGUUUCUCAAACUGAUACUGAAAUAAUAGAUCAAUUUGGGAAGUCUAGAUCAGCAAGUGGAAAAGACAUUCCAAUGUCACAUGCCAGUAAACAAAAAGCUAAUAAACUGGAAAAUGAUGCUCAAAGAAAAUACCUCAACCAUGAAGAAGACAUUUUCACUCAGGAACAUAGACAUGGUGAUAAAAUAUUGAAAGGAGACAUAAUAGGAAUGAAACAAAAAUUAAGCAAUAGUUUAAACCAAAUGCAAUAUACACCAAGGGCAAGCACUCUUACAGAGGAUGACUACAAAAGACUGCCCCAAGGAUUUAGACCUUUCAAACCACCAGCAAUUACAAAGAAUAAACGAAAGGUAACAGAAGAUGUUAAAGGCAAUCAAACCACAGAUAAACCUAAUCAAGAACAGUUUUCAAGAUUUAAAUCAGCUAGUGGUAAAGCUGUUCCAAUAUCUCCUGCAAAUAGGUUGAAAGCCCAGAAUGUGAUAAAUGAGGCAGAGAAACAAGGAAUAAUUACUAACCAAAAAUUGAAAGAAUCUGAACAAGCUUUUGCUCAAGCUGAUACUAAACCAUGUGAUCAGUUUAGGGGAUUUAAAUCUUCAAAUGGAAAAGAAGUUCCAUUAUCUAAUACAAGUAAAGGACAAGCGAUGAAAUCACUAAUUGAUACUCUUGGAGAACUAAGCUAUCAGAAAGAACUUUCCCGGGAAAAUGAACUUGAUGAAGAAAUACUGAUGGAGGAUAUAAUGAGAAUCAAACAAAAAUUAAACAGCAGUGCUAACCAGAGAACCUAUACUCCAAAAGUAUGUUCACUCACAGAGGAUGACUACAAAAGACUCCCCCAAGGAUUUAGGCCUUUCAAACCACCUGCGAUUGCAAAAAAGAUAACUAAUAAACCCAAACCAGACUUAACACAUUCAAACCAGGAACACACGAAGCUUGUCAAUUUGGUCAGUGGUACUGAAAAUAAAGCAGUGCUUCAAACAAAGAGAGAACCACUCAGUACUAGUACAGAAUCACUAAAGGCUGAAUUCCGACCUAUACAUUUGAAUCAGAAUCAUGGAACCAGUGAUGAAAUCAAUGAAACCACUGUUGCACAUAAUGAAAGCCGUGAAGAAUCCAUUUUAUACACAGGAACUCAACUUCUAGAGAUAACCGAGAGCACAAAUGCUUUCUUGCAUGCUGAUGAUUUCACACAGAUUGUUGAUGUGAAAAGUGACCAUGAGGAAACUAUGCCCUUGAAUGAUAAUGUCCAUGAGAGUGAUCAUGAAGAUAAUGAGCAUGAAAGUGGUCAUGGUGUUGAUGUGCAUGAAAGUAACCAUGAGGAUAAUGUCCAUGAAAGUGGUCAUGUAGAUACUGGGCAUGAAAGUGGUCAUGAAGUUAAUGUGCAUGAAAGUGGUCAAAUUAAUUUGCGUGAAAAUGGCAAUGAAGAUAAUAUCUAUGAAAGUGGUCAUGUAGAUGUGCAUGAGAGAGGUCAUGGAACUGAUAUCCAUGAAAGAGCCAAUGGAGAUUUUGAAAACCCAGAACUUAACACAAGUAUCCACCAAGUAUCACAACAAAAGGAACAUGACAUUGAUGAAUAUAAAGUUGUGCACCAUCAGAUUGCAUCUGAUUCCAAGUCAAAUUGUUGGAAUGACUCCAUGUCAAUUGAACUCAGUGAUAACAGCUUUUCUAACAUAACACCCAGUUCAUCAUUGGGAAAAUCACAGCCAAUCAUGCUACCAUCUAAAUCUAACAUGAAAGCCAUCAAAGUUUGUAGAGUUAAGCCAUUGAAUAUUCAAACUUACUUGGAAACAAAGGUUGAAAAUGAAACUCAUACUAGCCAUAAAUGGAACAAUGAAUCAUCCAUAUUUCACAAUUCUAUUACACCAGCCAAGAUUUUAUAUCCUAAAAAGAGUCAGGGUUAUAAUGAGCUUAAUUGUGGUCCACCAACCUUACUUGAAUCAAAUGUUGACAAAAUAUCUGAAAACAUUUACUCAGAGCCAUCACCAUCAAUAAUGCCACAAGAAAUAAAUGCAACAAAAAUAAUCAAUUUUGUAAGUUCAACAACACCACAAAAUAGUUCAAAUGGAGACAAGUGCCAUUAUUCAGGAUCACCUAACACAUCUCAGAUCCCUUGUGUACCAACAAGCAGCAGUAAAAUCACUACAGUGAAAGAAAAUAGGACAAACACCACUAUCAAUAUUCCUGAUGACCCCAGUAGAAGAGAGGAUGCCCAGAAAUGCCAAAUAUUUUAUCCAAAUGAAGUUUUUAAAACUGCUAGUGGAAAAAGUGUUCAUAUUCUGCAAGAUGCUUUGGAUCAGGUGAGAAAAGCCUUAAAUGAUGAUAUCAACAGUGUGAUAGCAAUCGAUAAUUCAUUUAAUAAUAAACCUUCAUAUUACCAGUUAAAUGAUACAAGACAAACUAAGCAUGAAUUGGAUGGUCCUUCCCUCAAUGCAUUCAAGACUAAUCAUAAUGUGAAUGAAGGUGCUCACUUCAGUGAAUUCCAGACAGCAAAUGGGAAUAAAGUCAAGAUAUCUGAACAGUCUUUGAAAGCUGCUCGAACUACACUAGGUGAUGAUGAAAGUUUGUCAUUUGGUGGAUUCCAAACUGCAAGUGGGAAUAAAGUCAAGAUAUCUGAACAGUCUUUGAAAGCUGCUAGAACUACACUAGGUGAUGAUGAAAGUUUGUCAUUUGGUGGAUUUCAAACUGCAAGUGGAAAUAAAGUCAUGAUAUCUGAGCAGUCUUUAAAAGCUGCUAGAACUACACUAGGUGAUGAUGAAAGUUUGUCAUUUGGUGGAUUCCAAACUGCAAGUGGGAAUAAAGUCAAGAUAUCUGAACAGUCUUUGAAAGCUGCUAGAACUACACUAGGUGAUGAUGAAAGUUUGUCAUUUGGUGGAUUCCAAACUGCAAGUGGGAAUAAAGUCAAGAUAUCUGAACAGUCUUUGAAAGCUGCUAGAACUACACUAGGUGAUGAUGAAAGUUUGUCAUUUGGUGGAUUUCAAACUGCAAGUGGGAAUAAAGUCAAGAUAUCUGAACAGUCUUUGAAAGUUGCUAGAACUACACUAGGUGAUGAUGAAAGUUUGUCAUUUGGUGGAUUCCAAACUGCAAGUGGGAAUAAAGUAAAGAUAUCUGAACAGUCAUUGAAAGCUGCUAGAACUACACUGGGUGAGUAUGAAAGCUUGUCAUUUGGUGGAUUUCAAACUGCAAGUGGAAAUAAAGUCAAGAUAUCUGAACAGUCUUUGAAAGCCACUAGAUCUACACUGGGUGUGGAUGAAAGUUUGUCAUUUGGUGAAUUCGAGACUGCAAGUGGGAAUAAAGUAAAGAUAUCUGAACAGUCUUUGAAAGCUGCUAGAACUACACUAGGUGAGGAUGAAAGUUUGUCAUUUGGUGAAUUCGAGACUGCAAGUGGGAAUAAAGUAAAGAUAUCUGAACAGUCUUUGAAAGCUGCUAGAACUACAUUUGGUGAGAAUGAAAGUUUGUCAUUUGGUGGAUACCAAACUGCAAGUGGGAAUAAAGUCAAGAUAUCUGAACAGUCUCUGAAAGCUGCCAGAACUACACUUGGGGAGGAUGAGAGUUUGUCAUUUGGUGGAUUUCAAACUGCAAGUGGGAAUAAAGUCAAGAUAUCUGAACAAUCUUUGAAAGCUGCUAGAACUACACUGGGUGAGGAUGAAAGUUUGUCAUUUGGUGGAUUCCAAACUGCAAGUGGGAAUAAAGUCAAAAUAUCCGAACAAUCUUUGAAAGCUGCUAGAACUACACUGGGUGAGGAUGAAAGUUUGUCAUUUGGUGGAUUCCAAACUGCAAGUGGGAAUAAAGUAAAGAUAUCUGAACAGUCUUUGAAAGCUGCUAGAACUACAUUUGGUGAGAAUGAAAGUUUGUCAUUUGGUGGAUACCAAACUGCAAGUGGGAAUAAAGUCAAGAUAUCUGAACAGUCUUUGAAAGCUGCCAGAACUACACUAGGCGAUGAUGAAAGUUUGUCAUUUGGUGGAUUCCAAACUGCAAGUGGGAAUAAAGUAAAGAUAUCUGAACAAUCUUUGAAAGCUGCUAGAACUACACUUGGUGAGGAUGAAAGUUUGUCAUUUGGUGGAUUCCAAACUGCAAGUGGGAAUAAAGUCAAGAUAUCUGAACAGUCUCUGAAAGCUGCUAGAACUACACUGAGUGAGGAUGAAAGUUUGUCUUUUGGUGGAUUCCAAACUGCAUGUGGGAAUAAAGUCAAGAUAUAUGAACAGUCUUUGAAAGCUGCUAGAACUACACUGGGUGAGGAUGAAAGUUUGUCAUUUGGUGGAUUCCAAACUGCAAGUGGGAAUAAAGUCAAGAUAUCUGAACAGUCUUUGAAAGCUGCUAGAACUACACUUGGUGAGGAUGAAAGUUUGUCAUUUGGUGGAUUCCAAACUGCAAGUGGGAGUAAAGUCAAAAUAUCUGAACAAUCUUUGAAAGCUGCUAGAACUACACUUGGUGAUGAUGAAAGUUUGUCAUUUGGUGGAUUCCAAACUGCAAGUGGAAAUAAAGUCAAGAUAUCCGAACAGUCUUUGAAAGCUGCUAGAACUACACUUGGUGAGGAUGAAAGUUUGUCAUUUGGUGGAUUCCAAACUGCAAGUGGGAAUAAAGUCAAGAUAUCUGAACAGUCUCUGAAAGCUGCUAGAACUUCACUGGGUGAGGAUGAAAGUUUGUCAUUUGGUGGAUUCCAAACUGCAAGUGGGAAUAAAGUCAAGAUAUCUGAACAAUCUUUGAAAGCUGCUAGAACUACACUAGGUGAGGAUGAAAGUUUGUCAUUUGGUGGAUUCCAAACUGCAUGUGGGAAUAAAGUCAAGAUAUAUGAACAGUCUUUGAAAGCUGCUAGAACUACACUGGGUGAGGAUGAAAGUUUGUCAUUUGGUGGAUUCCAAACUGCAAGUGGGAGUAAAGUCAAAAUAUCUGAACAAUCUUUGAAAGCUGCUAGAACUACACUUGGUGAUGAUGAAAGUUUGUCAUUUGGUGGAUUCCAAACUGCAAGUGGGAAUAAAGUUAAGAUAUCCGAACAGUCUUUGAAAGCUGCUAGAACUACACUGGGUGAUGAUGAAAGUUUGUCAUUUGGUGGAUUCCAAACUGCAAGUGGGAAUAAAGUCAAAAUAUCUGAACAAUCUUUAAAAGCUGCUAGAACUACACUGGGUGAGGAUGAAAGUUUGUCUUUUGGUGGAUUCCAAACUGCAAGUGGGAAUAAAGUCAAGAUAUCUGAACAGUCUUUAAAAGCUGCUAGAACUACACUGGGUGAGGAUGAAAGUUUGUCAUUUGGUGGGUUCCAAACUGCAAGUGGGAAUAAAGUCAAGAUAUCUGAACAGUGUUUGAAAACUGCUAGAACUACACUUGGUGAGGAUGAAAGUUUAUCAUUUGGUGGAUACAAAACUGCAAGUGGGAAUAAUGUCAAGAUAUCCGAACAGUCUUUGAAAGCUGCUAGAACUACACUAGGUGAGGAUGAAAGUUUGUCAUUUGGUGAAUUCGAGACUGCAAGUGGGAAUAAAGUAAAGAUAUCUGAACAGUCUUUGAAAGCUGCUAGAACUACACUGGGUGAGGAUGAAAGUUUGUCAUUUGGUGGAUUCCAAACUGCAUGUGGUAAUAAAGUCAAAAUAUCUGAACAAUCUUUGAAAGCUGCUAGAACUACACUGAGUGAGGAUGAAAGCAGUAAUAAAAUCGGUAUUUCUAAUCAAUCUCAUCCAGCUAGUAGUUCAGUUUUGUCAACACCCAAAGGCUUUCAAACUGCAAUUGGAUCAAAAGCUGCCAUGUCAGAAAAUGCAUUAAAAGCUGCAAGUUCGACAUUAGGAAGAGAAUCCCAUGAUGUAGAAAGUGUCAUACAAACAAAGGAAAAUGUUGAGCGUACACCAAACAGUAACCAACUGAAGAAGAAAGUCAUAUACUCUAAUGCUCCUAACACCCUCGACAAAUCAAGGGCAUUGAACAACAAGAAACCAACACCUUUGUGUAUAAAAGAAUCAAAUACAACACCAGCAAGAAAAGACCAAACCACAAACGAAAAACCUGGAGAAGAUAUGACCACAAAGGGAAAUCCAUUCAAAGAUGUGUCAAAAGCCCAGAUGUAUGGGUUCACCCAGGAGGCACAUGAAUGCACCAGGGCACUGUUGAAUGAUGGUGACUUUGAUGAAGAGGUUAAGAUUGAGGGCCCAUUUCAACAGAGGGAUUGGAUGGGUAAUAUCAGUAGUACACGUGAAGGUCACCUUAGUGAUCGUAGACAUCAUGGUCUCUCACCAGUGCUGACACCUGUAGCUUCUACUGGGAACCAGCCUGGUAGCAAAAAUGCUCUAGUUACAAGCCCACACUCAGGACUUCAGGAAACAUGCAGAAACUUAAAUACUUCUUAUAAACGAAAUGUUGAUAGACCUCUCUUUAUACAUAGACGCAAGAAAUUCAACUACUCAGUGGCCAAUCAGAGUGAAACAUCUUAUAAAAACACCAACCAAUCAGAGCCAUCGAUUCCUGGCCAUUCUGAGGGUGCAGUGGAAAGUUCUUUUGUGACACCCUAUAGAAAAGCAGAAGCCUCAAACACUAAAAGACCUCAAAUAAAUGAUUCUGUAUCCCUGAAGGACCCUGUUAAUGAAACAAUUUCAGCAGGGGGAUUUAGCACUCCCUUUAAAUAUGACAAAAACUCUGACGAGCUUCAAGUUAGUGAAACGAAAACAGAAAUAAACACUGAAAUAUAUGAAUCGACUGUGAGUGACACACCUGUGAAAUCACCAGAGUUAACCAAUCAGAUAAGAGCAGAUGAUGAUGUCAUCAUGGCAAGAGAAGCCGAGCGUAUGUCCCAAUCAAAACGAAUAUUGUAUAAAAAACGCAAGAAGGUGCAACCUGUAGUUGGAGCGCUAUUGGAGAAGAAAAUAAAUGGGAAGCGUGUGUCGAUGAGAGAUAUAACAGGAGAGCCACCCCACUCUUCUACAAAAACAGAGUUGUUUGCUGCUGGUGUUGAGAUCAGCACUGUGAAUGUGACGAGUCAAAAUGCCAGAGAUUACAAAUUCAAUGCCAUAGAGCACUUAGGUCUCCAUGGCAACAGCAGUGUCAGUGUUAAGAUUGGGGAUGGGGCCACUCUAGUUUGGGAUGAUUACAACAGGGCUGGCAUGCAGGAGUUUUGCAGUGCAUUCCUUGACACUGUGGGUGUAGAACCAAAGCUGAUCAGUGAGGCAUGGGUAUUCAAUCACUACAGGUGGAUUGUCUGGAAGCUGGCUGCUUUGGAAGUGGCCUUCCCACAACAGUUUGGUGGAAGGACACUGACACCCGACAAUGUAAUGCUCCAAUUAAAGUACAGAUAUGACAGAGAAAUAGACAGAGCAGAAAGGUCAGCAUUAAAGAAGAUUUAUGAGAGAGAUGAUGUACCUUCAAAGACAAUGGUGCUAUGUGUAGCAGCAAUAGAUGUCUCCACUGGACAAAGUGGAGGUGGAGAGGCUGAGAGUGCCGAAAAAUCUGACAUGAAAAUGACAAAGGUCCAGCUUGAGCUGACAGAUGGCUGGUACUCUAUCAGGACAAUCAUAGAUGGACCCCUUCAGCAGUUCAUCAAUCAAGGAAGGCUGUUCGUGGGUCAGAAACUAUGUAUAUGUGGAGCAGAUCUGGUCGGCUCUAAUGAUGCAUGUCCGCCAUUGGAGGCUCCUGGAAAUCUAGCUUUGAAGAUUCAUGCAAACUCAACAAGACCUGCCAGAUGGGAUGCAAAACUUGGUUACUAUAGAAACCCUCAACCAUUCCCUGUUGCUAUCUCCAGUCUCUAUGGUGAUGGGGGACUUGUUAGCUGUGUAGAUGUUGUUGUGAUCAGAGUAUAUCCAUUACAGUUCAUGGAGAAACAUAAAGAGGGCGGCACUGUGUUUCGAAAUGAACGUGCGGAACAGAAAGCGGCAAAGCUAUUUAACGAUGAAAAACAAAUGAGGCUAGAGAAGUUGUAUUCAAAGGUACAGUUAGAGUUUGAGAGCCGUGAUGGCAAACCUGGCAAAUAUGACCAAACAAAAACAGGUUCACGAAGAUUGACGCAGAAGCAAAUUGAUGAACUAAGCACAGGAGAAGAGAUCCACAAUGCAAUGCAGCAGUCAUGUGACCCAGCAUCAGUUGAGGCUUGCCUGUCAAACACUCAGAUGCAGCAGUACUACAGCUAUAGACAGGUGCUAAAUGAGAGGAAACAGCAAGAGAUGCAAGCUGAAAUACAAAGAUCAUUAGAAGACCAAUCACAGAUGUCGUAUGAGAGGAAUGUUGUGCCCUUACUGAAGGUGCGAAUUGCUGGCAGCCACACCAAAGAUAUUGACAGUAAUACAAGUACAUUACUUAGUAUCUGGAGACCAAAUGAUGAUUUGCAACAAGUCCUGGCAGAGGGGAAGUCUCUCAGAGUCUACAACCUUGUGGCAUCCUCAUCCUGGUCUAAGUCACAUUCUACGAGUGUUCAGUUAACUGCAUCCAAGAUGACAAGAUAUGUGGAGACACCUAUUGAUGAAAAUCUCAUAGAUUUACUUUACGAACCAAGAGAGGUGCUGAGUAUAUAUGAGUUGAGCCAAGGGAACAUGUUUCCAUACAAUGAAGUAGAUGUAGUUGGAGUUGUCAUACAUGUCACUGCAACAUCUAGCUACACAAAUAACAGUGGUGGUGUGAGCACUCUACAGACAGUGUAUCUAGCAGAUACGGAUCACCAGAUACUAGCAGUCAAGGCCUGGGGUGGGCUUAAGGCCUAUUCAUUGGAGGAGAUUCUGACCAAUCACAGUGUCGUUGCUGCUAGCAACCUACAAAUGAGAAAAGAUUCGAAGAGUAGAGUGCCAACUGUCAGUAUUACGGAUCCCUCUUCAUUUACUCGGAACCCACGAGGUGGACAUCUCAAAAAUGCCUUGAAUAAAUUAAAAGAUGCAUUAAAGGAUAUUCCAGCAUUUGUUGAAAAGCUGCAGAACAAAUUGCAUCAGACAGUUUUUGACGGAAACUCAAACCUCAUCACCCAGGGGUCAAGGCCAGCCACUCCAGCCUCAAGGUCAACUGCCCAAGGGUCAAGUUCAACCACUCCAAGGUCAAGGCCACCAUGGGUGCAAAUAACACCUCAGAGUACAUCUCUGCAUAAUCAGGAUGAGGCUAAAGAUGAUUCCAAAAAGAGGCUCCAGGAAUGGAAGGCCCAGAAGUUAGAGCGUUAUGGUGUACCACCACCAUUGGUUGGCCUCAACAGCCCUAUCCCCAGUCAUGUACGACAGGAUUUCAAACCCCCUACUAAGCUAACAGGGACUCCUCCCCCUACUAAGCUAACAGGGACUCCUCCCCCUACUAAGCUAACAGGGACUCCUCCCCCUACUAAGCUAACAGGGACUCCUCCCCCUACUGAGCUAACAGGGACUCCUCCCCCUACUAAGCUAAUGGGAACUCCUGGGCUAAAAACCAGGAAUAAAGGUCCUGGUAUAGAGUUUUCCCUUGUGACUACAUCUGUGGAAGGUGACAUUAAACACCAUAAAGAGCAGGCACCUGUGAACAGGAGAUUUAUUCCCCUUAACCACAGUAAGCCAAGUGGUUUAACCAGAACUUCAAGUCCAUAUAUCAGGACUAAAAGUCCUCUAACAAUAUCAACUAAAGAUAGGAUCAAAAUUCCUGAUUUAUUGGAUCAAGACAAAGAAGGAUCAACCAAAUUAAAUAACAGUGAAACAAGAGAUAAUGUGGAUAAUGUGUGUGAUACAAAACAAACUAAAAGUGAUACUAAACAAAAGACAAGUGAACCAAAUGAAAAUAAAAGUGAGUUCAAACACAACUCGGACAUAACAAACAGAUGCAUGACAGACACAUGUGAUAAUUUGGAUGCAGAAUGUGCUCAUCAAAGUGAACCAGAACCAAGUGCAGCUGAUAUCAAACCAGUCAGAGAGAGCAAGUCUGUGAAAGAUAAAGUGAAAACUGCUGAUUCAGAAAAUUCUGAAAAUAAUAUAAAACCUCGUAAGAUAUCAAAACGACGUAGAAGUAGUCAUGAUAAUGGUGUUAGUCAAGAGUAUAGUCAAAGUAGUGUACAUGAUAGUCAAAGUAGUGUAAAGGAUAGUCAAAGUAGUGCAGAGUCUAACCCAACUAGGAGAAAAUCUCUUAGGUCAUCAAAGAGAAAGAAGAUUUAAAAACUUUGGUCAGGCUAAGUUGCUAAAUAAUAUGUUUAACAUGUCUUCUAUCAUCUUACCUCAGAUACCUUAAAAUCAAGUCCAUGCUGCAUUUAUUGAAAAUAACUGAUUUUAAGAGUUUGGAAAAUAGUGAUAGUGUCUCAUCCCUUCGUUCCUUUUCAAAUAGAGAUAAUUUAUAAAACAUAUAAUUUUAUUACUUUAGUGUGACUUUACAGUUGUUUCCAUUGACAGCAAUGUGAUGCUUUACAAUGUAGUGUAGAUUUAGUCAAAUAUUUACUUUAAGAAUGGUAUUUCUUGCUAAAACUUUAAGAAUUCAGUCCAUAUUCUUUUAUAUCUCAGGUGGACGAACAAGCUCAUUUUUCUAAAUCAAAAUUGCCUAAUUAAUACAUACAGUUUUUUUUAAAUAUUAAUUCAAUGUUUACAUAAUAAUUGAUACUUUUUAGGCUUAUCUUGUAAAUUGUACUCAUUUAGGGCUGAUGGUCAACACCCUGGAAAAUAUAUUGUAAUUCUAUGUAAUUCAGUUUACAUGUUUAACAUAGCUCUGUUUACUGAACAGUUUUUGCCAAUUUGUUUUGGUAACUUAUCUCCAGUAUUUUAAUUUAAAUUAAGUGAUGUGUGAUUAUUUUUGAGGUCAUUUUUGUAAGGGAAAUAUAAUUACAUGUAAUAAAUGUUAUUAUUAUAUCACUAUCUAGCUAGCGACAGUAUGAUUGGUCAAAACCGGGUCACAUGUCGUGGGAUAUCUGGCGAUAUUAAAUGGCAAUGCUAAUCAGAUAAGACAACCGUGAGAUAUCUAGCGAUAUCCCACGCUCCCGGGAAUUUUCAAAGAAUUUGUUUUCGUUCAGUGUAAAUAAUUUAGUUCAGUUUAAGUCAAAAUGGCAGACGAACCAAGUAGAUUCGUAAAAAUAUCUGAAGACUUAAUGACUUAAUAAUAUUAGAGAUGUCUAGCUAGACAGUGAUAUAAUAAAACAAAUAUUUCACUCUAUUUUCGGUGAAUACCUGUAGCACUUUCACAAGGUGAUAUUCCACUUGCCCUUCGGGCUUCGUGGAAUAUCACUUGUGAAAGAUGUACAGGUAUUCACCUCAAUAGAGUGAAAUAUUUGUUCAUUAUUACAUUUUCUUCAUUAUGCAUGAUAUAACAAACCGGAUAAAAUCACAGGGAACUUUUUACAUAUGUAAUAUGUGGACUGUAGAAACCAUGAAUGUAAAAUUUAUGUAAAAAACUCUCUGUGGAUUUAAUUCUCUGUAAGAGCUUUGUUUUCAUUAUUUUUGUAAGGGUAUAGUGUCAUUGAGUUGAUAACAUUCAAAUCAGUAAUAAUAUAAAGAUUCCUGUCAAAGUAUCAACUAUGUAUUAAUUCAUAACAUGUAAUUGCAAAUUGUUCAGUUGAAAAUUUUAGUUUUUAAGUUUUCGAGAUUUUUUUUAAAAAGAUGGUGCUAUGUAAUUGUUUCAAAUACAUUUUGAAGCAUGUUGAAAUGCUUGUGAAGUUCGCUUUAAUAAAACAGUUCAAAGUUAAGAUAUAAAUAAACCUAUAAAUAUACCUAAACCUUCUCGUCAAUUUAUCUCGAAAAGUAAAGGAAUUGUUUGAGUUGUUGUAGUUUAAUUGUUUUUAUCUGAAAUUAAGUUUUUAUAUCUCGACCUCUUAUUCUGACAGCGUUUUAUCUGUUCACUUAGCUCUAUAAGUGAAUAUCUCAGCGAAAUGUAUCAGGUUA